AUGGCGAGACGCCGUCAACGGGGUCAAGAUUUGGGCGCGAGACACAAGCUGCAGUGGGAGGUGCACCAGCACAAGGGGGAGAUCUCUGAACUGCAGAAGGCUCUGAGCGACAUGCAGGUAUACCUCUUCCAGGAGAGGGAACAGGCACUGCGCCUGUACGCAGAGAACGACAGACUCAAGAUCAGAGAGCUGGAGGACAGGAAGAAGAUCCAGCAUUUGUUAGCCCUGGUGGGGCCAGACGCUGGGGAGAUAACCUACUUCCACCGCGACCCUCCACACAAGAGCCGAGGAUUCUGGAUCAUCGGAAGACCACAAAAUCAAGAACUGGAUCUAAGAGUUGGAAGAUUUUACCUAUUUAAGAUCAACCGAAGCCUAAGGAGGGGAGCUGCUAAAGUCUCAUUAGAGGGUAACCGGGCAUCUAGAUCAGAGGAGGGAGUGGUGAAUAGAGGAAGCCCAGAGCAGUACAGAAGAGACAACCAGACCUUACUACUACAGGUGGAGGCGCUGCAGGCUCAGAUGGAGGAACAGACACGUCUGUCCAAAGAGCAGGUGGAGUCUCUGCUGGAGGACAGGAGGAUCCACGUGGAGGAGGGACCGGUCCAGCACCAGAGAGACCAGGACCACAUCACUGCACUCACUGACAAGCUGGAGCGGACCCAGAACCUGAUGUACGAGAGCACCAGGGACUUCCUGCAGCUGAAGUUAGAGACGCGGGCCCACGAGAAGGGCUGGAUGGUGGAGAAAGACCAGCUGCUGCAGGAGCUGAACUCAAACCAGGACCGACUGGGGGAGGCCAAAGACAGCCACGGGAGGGAGCAGUCAGGAUCCAGAGGACCCAGCAGCAUGGCCCUGCUCCUCACCCAGCCCCAGCCUGACACACAGCACGUCCACAGGGAAGAGCUCAGGGCAAUGCAGGAGGAGCUGAAGCAGGCCAACUGCCUGACUGAGAUGUACAGGGAGCAGUGUGUUACCCUGGAGACAGACCUGGCUCAGAUCAGAGAGGAGGGGGACGUGGGCAGGGAGAUAUUCAAGGACCGGUCUGACAAGAUAGCAAAGCGUCUUCAGAUGAUGACCCAGCGGUACGAGGCCCUGGAGAAGAGGAGGGCCAUUGAGGUGGAGGGCUUCAAGACCGACAUCAAAUACCUCAGACAGAAACUCAAAGACGUGGAGAAACAGCUCUUCAAGGUGACCCUGAACGUGGGUCCGAACCAGGACCUGGCCAUCCUACACGAGGUGUGUCAGACCAACGCUCGGACCAGGAAGGUCCAGGGGGAGCUGAAGACCCUGAAGGCCAAGAUCUACGGGCUGGAGAACGACCUCCGCUACAGCUGAGAUACAGCCCAGACUGGCCCACUGGAGACCUGGGUACCGUUCAGUAGGCGCGAAACAGGAAACGCUUUGAAACAGAAAUUGAGCAUUGUUAUUGGACAAGUUCAGGAAGUACAACCUCCUUUUCAAAACCUCUUUCGUGUCUACUGAUCACAACCCUGUAUUCCCCUUUGACAUGCUAAGUUUAAGUUUGACUUUCUGACACCUGAUGAUAUGAGAUGCACAUGUGCCUAUCUAGAAUGUCUCACGAAUUAGUUUGUCAGGUUUUAGGCCAAGGAGACCUAGGUGUGUAUGGUCAUUGACAGACAAGUUGUGUAUGACAUGUAUUAAAAUGUCAUUUUACAUUGAUACUGUAAUCAAAUACAAACAGAACAACUUGAACAGUGUGCAUAAGUCGUGCACAUGCGUCCUACACACUGGUUUUCUACUACUGAUUUGUCUAUUGUGUGUUGCUAUGAAAAAACUACUGGAUGUUUCAUUUUUAUCAAUAAAUAUGUAUUUUAUCAUUAA